UUAAAAUCUCACAAGGCUCUAAACCAAUGGGCGGCUGGCACGCUCGUUUAAAAGCAGUACAGCGGGGCUUCUCGAGUUAUAAUUUCUGGUUUCGAAGCUUAGAAGUUCUUGCAAACGACGAUGAGUGGCAGAGGCAAAACCGGUGGCAAAGCCAGAGCGAAGGCUAAGACUCGCUCGUCCAGGGCAGGGCUGCAGUUCCCCGUCGGCCGUGUUCACAGGCUUCUCCGCAAAGGCAACUAUGCCGAGCGCGUUGGUGCUGGUGCUCCCGUUUACUUGGCUGCUGUGCUCGAGUAUCUCACCGCUGAGAUCUUGGAGUUGGCUGGGAACGCCGCAAGGGACAACAAGAAGACCCGUAUCAUCCCCCGUCACCUGCAGCUGGCGGUGCGCAACGAUGAGGAGCUGAACAAACUUCUGGGCGGAGUGACCAUCGCUCAGGGCGGUGUGCUGCCCAACAUCCAGGCUGUUCUGUUGCCUAAGAAGACCGAGAAACCCGCCAAAACCAAAUAAACGGGUUCAAGUCUGUUUCUGAAACCCAAAGGCUCUUUUAAGAGCCACCCAUUUUAUCUAUUAGAGAGCACCUUUCGUUUACUUAGUUUCACUCGUUAUGACGUACCGUUCGUUCUUUGAAGAAAGUAGGGAA